AAGGAAGGAGAGGGAGAGAGAGAGAGAAAGUAGAUGUGUGCAGACAACCUGCUCGCGCGUAAUUCUGGGAGGACUCUCCGCCGAGCAACGACACAAUAAACACUCACGGAGCCGCAAGAGUUUCCCCCGGUGGAGUAACAAUAAGCACUUAAAUCACGUCACACCACCCAGCCAGGAGUUCAUCAUCAAUCUGCAGCCAUGUAUCUGAACAGGGAGGAGGAGUACAGCAAAGGCUCCGUCUCUUUGAGCGUGCUGCUGGUGUCGUUGGCGGUAACCGUGUGUGGUGUUUGGCUGGUGGCUCUCUGCGGUGUCUGCGGAUGGUGUCAACGCAAGCUGGGGAAGAGAAAUAAACCAGGAGUGGAGUCCGUCGGGUCUCCAGAUUCAGGAAGAGGAAGAGGAGAGAAAAAAGCCAUCAAUGAUUUAGACAGAGACUUUUGGAAUAACAAUGACAGCAGUUCAGUACAGCAGCGCUGGAGCUCAUACCCGCCCAAGGAGUUUGUACUAAACAUUUCUCCUUAUGCCCCUUACGGAGAUCCACGCCUCACACUCAAGGAAGGAAAAAUGGUGGUUCUCUCUCUCGCGAUCGGAUUGGCCGAGCAAGACGACUUUGCCAAUCUGCCAGACCUACAGGAAGAACCGCCCAGUCAAGAAACCCCCCCUGACAAGAGUAGGAAUAUGGGGAAUAAGCCAGCUAACAGUCCUAAGGGUCAGCCGCCAGACGCAGACGGCCAUUCCUCAGUGUCUGACCUUGCCAACUCGCUCACUGGAGACAUGGUGAUGUUGUCUCCGGGGUCGGAAGACGACGACCACGAAGGUCCAGUGAGCGAGAAACUGGGCAGGAUUCAGUUCAGCUUGGGCUACAGCUUCCAAGACACGACUCUGACGGUGAAGAUACUCAAAGGUCAAGACCUGCCCGCUAAAGACUUCUCUGGGACGUCCGACCCCUUCGUCAAAAUCUACCUACUGCCCGACAGAAAGCACAAACUCGAGACCAAAAUCAAGAGGAAAAAUCUCAACCCUCACUGGAACGAAACCUUCCUGUUUGAAGGAUUCCCGUAUGAGAAGGUGCGGGAGAGAACGCUGUAUCUCCAGGUGCUGGAUUACGAUCGGUUCAGUCGUAAUGACCCGAUCGGAGAGGUCUCGAUUCCUCUGAAUAAAGUGGAGCUCGGACAGCUGAAGACGUUCUGGAAGGAUCUCAAACCCUGCAGUGAUGGCAGCGGAAGUCGUGGAGAUCUGCUGUUGUCUCUGUGUUAUAACCCCACUGCCAACACCAUCACUGUUAACAUCAUAAAAGCUCGCAACCUCAAAGCCAUGGACAUCGGGGGCACCUCAGACCCCUAUGUAAAAGUAUGGCUAAUGCACAAAGACAAGCGAGUGGAGAAGAAGAAGACAGUGACCAUCAAACGCUGCCUGAACCCCAUUUUUAACGAAUCCUUCCCUUUUGACGUGCCCGCACAUGUUCUCCGAGAGACAACCAUCAUCAUCACCGUCAUGGAUAAGGAUCGACUGAGCCGCAACGAUGUCAUUGGAAAGAUCUACUUGUCAUGGAAGAGUGGUCCUGCCGAGGUCAAACACUGGAAGGACAUGUUGAGCCGGCCACGCACAAACGUGGCGCAGUGGCAUGCCCUCAAAGCCUGAUUCGCCCUCGCCAUUUCCCAUUUUUCCACCCGAAACCCCGUCCUUAUGCACAAGACUAACUUGCUGCCAGGCGGCACAACACGGGUACUUUUAGCCAUCCCCUCUUGUAACCUUUAAGCUUCUCUCUCCUCCACUUUCGUCUUUACUCUGGUAACAUGUAGUACAAAUGCCUGCUUGUUCGCUAGUUACGCCAACGGUUCUUUUGUGCAUUAGCAUCCGUUCUGGACUCUGGGAUAGUCGCUAAAUCCAACAAAGCCAUUUAAAGAUGCUCUGAAAGCAUUCGCGCUGCAGCUACACGUUACCAGGAUGUUGUAUCCUUCCCGUUUUGGUUUUUUAGCCCUAUUCCCCCGUGUUCCUCAGGCUGGAGAGGUCUGACAUCUUUGGGAUGUGUGAAGGCUUCACCUCGGCCCUGUCCCUCGUCUCAUUCCACUAACCACACGUCUAGUCCCGGAGGCUCAUGGGAGCUCAUUUGGGAGCCUUUAAAUUGGCCACUGCUGUAAUGGAUCGAGUCGCAGGAACUCUGGGAGUAGUAUUUUUCCAGGUCUCAAGACGUCCCAUGCGAGUCCAACAGCGCCGGAGGGCCGCGGUAAUUAAAGCCAUGAGGGGAAACGAGACGCUCUCUUUCCAUUAGCAGUCUCUCGUUUCUUUUAGUCUCCAUUUAUAGUUGUUUUUCUCGAAAUCCCUGACCUCUCCAAGCCUUUUUCCACAUCUAUCCCACUUGACCUGAUUUUCCGUAUCUUUGUUCCUUCUUUCUUUCUCUCUCUCUCUUCUCUCUUUCUUCUUCUUCUAAGUAAACCGCUCCGAUUGGUUCAGCUGAAAGCCGUAGACAUUGAAACCUUACGCCAUCUGGAGACUUACAGACAGCAAAUGGACUUCAUCCUCGUCCUUUUUGCUUUUUUUUCUCUGUGGUUUCUCUUUAUCGCUGACACAAUAGUAGUGAAGUCCCUCUUUUUCUCGGGAUCCCUUGUCGUCCGUGUGCUGUGAGUGACGUGUCGUAGAUCCAACCGAAAUAUCGUUAAAAAACAUUAAUCACCAGGGCGGAAAAAGAAAACGACUUUCUCAAAGGAUCGUUCCAGGUCUUCUGGGAAUUUUGGAUGGAAUCCGGAUGGAAAAAAAAAAAGGACACACACAUA